GGGUGUGGUGAUUGACUUUAUGAAGAGGGAAGACCCACCCUGAGUGUGGGUGGCACCAACCAAAUCGGCCGGUAGCCUGGAGGGAAUAAAAAGCAAAGGUAAAAGGAAGCCUCACGUGUUUCUUCAGAAGAGCUCAAGUCUUUGCUCUCACCUUUGGACAUCCGUCUCCAGGCUUCCUACCCAGACCCUUCGGCCUCCUGAUACAGAUCACACAGAACUCUGCAGUGAGCUCCACAUCUUUGACUGUCCACUGGGUCCUUCAGAAUUCCAGUGUGCAGAGGGCGGUUUUGCAUUUUUCCACACCGGCCUCUGCAGGCGGCGCUUGAUUCGUGAAUUGACCCCGGAGUCCCAGGUGGGAGAGAGGAACGAGUAGAGGCGCAGCUGGGGCUGCACUGAGCCGUGGGCAUGGCGCAGUACAAGGGCAGCAUGCGGGAGGCCGGCCGGGCCAUGCACCUCAUCAAGAAGCGCGAAAAGCAGAAAGCGCAGAUGGAGGUGCUGAAGCAGCGCAUCGCUGAGGAGACCAUCAUGAAGUCGAAGGUGGACAAGAAGUUCUCGGCCCACUACGAUGCCGUGGAGGCCGAGCUGAAGUCAAGCACGGUGGGCCUGGUGACCCUGAACGACAUGAAAGCCAAGCAGGAGGCUCUGCUGCGGGAGCGCGAGAUGCAGCUGGCCCAGAGGAAGCAGCUGGAGGAGCACGAGCUGCAGCUGGAGAUGCGGCGCGAGAAGGAGCACAGGCAGGAGUGCAAGCGCAAGAUCGCCAGCCUGUCCUUCUCACUCGAAGAGCUCGACGGCGACGGGGACGACGGCGGGGACCAGGACCCAGUGGCCCAGACCAGCAGGAACAAGAAGAGCCUGGGCAAGAACCCCGACGUGGACACCAGCUUCCUGCCGGACCUCGAACGCGAGGAGGAAGAGAAGCGGCUGCGGGAGGAGCUGCGCAAGGAGUGGGAGGCCAAGCGCGAGCAGGUGAAGAGCGAGGAGAUGGAGCUCACCUUCAGCUACUGGGACGGCUCGGGGCACCGGCGCACAGUGCGCAUGAGCAAGGGCAGCACGGUGCAGCAAUUCCUGAAGAAGGCGCUGCAGGGGCUGCGCCAGGACUUCUACGAGCUGCGCGCGGCCGGCGUGGAGCAGCUCAUGUACAUCAAGGAGGAUCUCAUCCUGCCCCACUAUCACACCUUCUAUGACUUCAUCGUCACCAAGGCCAGGGGCAAGAGCGGGCCGCUCUUCAACUUCGAUGUGCACGACGACACGCGGCUGCUCAGCGACGCCACCGUGGAAAAGGACGAGUCGCAUGCAGGGAAGGUGGUGCUGCGGAGCUGGUACGAGAAGAACAAGCACAUCUUCCCGGCCAGCCGCUGGGAGCCCUACGACCCUGAGAAGAAGUGGGAGAAGUACACCAUCCGCUGACCCGCCCCGGAAGGAGACUCGCCGGAACAGGAAAUGCUCAGAUUUCUAGGCUCUGCAGACUCCAGCUUGGCUUGGUGACCUGCAUUUCUCCCUGAAAUUUAAUAAAGCUAGAGGGUUCCCGUUAUCCCAGGUUGGUCAUUCCGUUGCUGCCGUUGUCCUUUGUUGCUUGGUUCGUUUUUCAGACUAUCCUUAGUUUUCUGUGCAGUUCACUGCCUGGCUCUGAUGUGCUCUGUUAGACCUUGGCCAGGCAGACCAUGUGAUGAAAGAAGGGGCACAUUUUUGGCCAAACGAUCAUGAGCAUGGGUUGUGGAUCCUGACUAGCAGGGCCCAGUUACCCUCCUCAGCUUCUUACUCAAUGUGUAGUUUUGAGCAAGUUUAUUAAACCUCGGUGCCUUAGUUUCCCCACCUGUAAAAGGAAAUAGCAAUACCACCUACCUCGUAAGGCUAAUGUGAGUUAAAUGAGUUAAUGUUUGUAAAGCACUUAGAGUUCAAUAAAUGUCUCCUGUUCUUCUUA